CAUCCUGCAACACUGCACACCUCCAGGCUCCCAGCUCGUCAGUACUGGCCCAGCCAUCACGCUCUCGCUACCACGCCUCCAAGGAUCAAAAGCUCCUCCUUUUAUUCCUCCUGCUCCUCGACCUUUCCAUUCCCACUUCUGUUUCUCUGUUAAUUUAGUCCUCGGUGUCCCCUCCAAGAAGGCAAGCAAGAAGCUCAAUUGGAUCCGCGUCCGCGACGCGCGCAGCUGAGCUCCCGGUCAAUCACUCGCAUUUCUUUAAUAAUCGCAACUCCUCGGAGAGAUCAACUUUUAACAUCGCUGCUUAAUUACGAAGUGUUGAGUUAAACCUCCAAGAAGCAGAAGCUAGAGAGCCUCAAAAGCCAAGAACACGCUCUCAGGUAGCCAGGGCUACAAAACCUCCUCGGAUUCUCUGUGUACUGUGUGUGUGUGUGAGAGAGUGAGAGAGAGAGAGAUCGCUCCCCAUUUUCCCAUCCCCUCAGGACAGUAGCUCUGCAGCAGUCCAGUCUCCCACUUCCUCCUCGCUUCGUCGGUGGCGGCCGCGGGUCAUCCUCUCGCCGCCCUCGCUUCCGCUCGGCGGCGGCGUGAGGAGGAAGAAAGGGCACCUCUCUGAGGACAAGAUCAGCUUUGCUUGAGAGCUUCUGAGAAGUGUCCCUUCCUAACAGCUAGUCAGAUCCUUGGGCGCAACAAUAUGUCUCCCAAGCGACUACAGAGCGUGGUUAUGCUGUUAAUGCUCAUGGUUUUCGAUGUUUCAGGAGCAUUUGUUGGUGUUAAUAUUGGGACCGACAUGUCGAACCUACCAUCAGCAACAGAUAUAGUGUCUAUCCUUAAAUCAAAGAAGAUUCAGCAUGUUCGCCUGCUUGACUCAGACCAUCAGAUGCUGACUGCCCUUGCUAAUACUGGGAUAGAAGUGAUGGUUGGGGUACCAAAUGAUCAGCUACUUCGUGUGGGGCAAUCUCGUUCCACAGCUGCUGAUUGGAUUAACAAGAAUGUCGCUGCUUACAUUCCGGCGACUAACAUCACAUAUAUUGCAGUGGGUAAUGAGGUUCUUACUACUAUUCCAAAUGCAGCUCUUGUUCUUGUACCCGCAUUGCAGUUCCUUCAGUUAGCUCUGUUGGCUGCAAACCUCAAUACUCAAGUGAAAAUUUCGAGUCCUCAUUCAAUGGAUAUGAUCUUGAAGGCAUUUCCUCCCUCUACUGCCACUUUCAAUUCGACAUGGAGCUCAAUAAUGUUCCAGUAUCUUCAAUUUCUGAAGAAUACAGGAUCUUCCUUCAUGCUAAAUGCUCAACCAUAUUAUGGCUAUGUCAAAGGGCAAGGUGUAUUCCCCUUAGAGUAUGCGUUGUUCCGCUCACUCAAUCCCAACAGUCAAAUUGCAGAUCCUAAUACCAAUCUAUUCUAUACCAAUAUGUUUGAUGCUAUGAUUGAUGCUACAUACAACUCGAUGCAAACAAUGAAUUUCACGGGGAUUCCUGUUUUGGUCACAGCUUCUGGCUGGCCAUGGCUUGGUGGGCCAAAUGAGAAGGCUGCCAAUGUUGAUAAUGCUUUGGCCUACAAUACAAAGCUCAUACAUCAUGUACUGAAUAAUUCCGGUACACCCAGCCAACCAAAUAACCAGUCGAGCACCUACAUCUUUGAGUUGUUCAACGAGGAUCUUCGGUCAGGGCCUGUAUCAGAGAAAAACUGGGGGAUUAUGUUUCCAAAUGCAUCCACUGUCUACUCUCUAUCAUUUGAGGACGUGGCCACAACUAUUCCGGAAUCACCAGCUUUGCGUGGGAUGUUUUGUGUGGCAAAUUCAAAUGCACCCCAUAGUGCACUGAAGCAUAGUUUGGAUUGGGCAUGUGGCCCUGGCUCUGCAAACUGCAGUGCAAUUCAGCCUGGGCAACCAUGCUAUGAAUCAGAUGACAUUGUAGCUGUUGCUUCUUAUGCUUUCAACGAUUAUUACCAUAGAACACAAGCUAGUGGUGGUACAUGCAACUUUAAUGGCACUGCAAUGAUAACAUCUACUGAUCCAAGCCAUGGUUCAUGCACAUUUGCAGGAAGGUUAGUCCUUUUUGACAUUAAUUUUGUGUUAAUGUUUCUAAUCUUUUUGUUGCUCUAUCCUGACAAUGUGGUUUUCUUCUAUCUGCAGCACCGGUUCCAAUGGCAGCAAUGGCGGUGCAGCUUCCGGGCCUGUAAGCCCGGACAGUUUUGCUACAAAAUCGCUAUCUUGCUGGUUGACUCACCUAGUAGCCGCAUUGCUGCCCAUCCUAGUCCUGUAAAACAUUUUAGUCAUGUCACAUUUUGGAUGAGAUGCCCGGAAUUUAUCGUGGAUCUUGUCAUUAGAUACUGUAGGGACUAGUGAGCCAUAAUUUGUUUUACUGUACUCAUAGAUGCCAUGUAAUCUUUCAAAAUUUGUUGUUCUAGGAAUGAGCAUUGCGUCAAAUCUCAUCAA